UGUUGCCUAGCAUUGUGGAAGUGCCUUUAGAGACUCAGUAUGAAAACGAACUCCUAGGUUAGCUUAACCUAAUCUGACCUAAUCUGGCUUAACCUACAGAAAAGAAAAUAUUUAUAGAGAUAAUCAAGAGAGUUCUUUUUUUCUUGAUUGAAUAAUCCGAAAGUGUUUGAAAAAAGCAAUGAAAUUUAUUGUUAAUCAAUAUUAUUGAUAUAUCCACAUAAAUUGUCAUUGCAUAGUUAUAUCAUUAGACAUGAGCGAUAAACAGAAAGUUCUCAUUUGCGGAGACGUGGAGGGACACUUCAAAUUCCUCUUCUCUAAAGUGGAGGCUAUCAACAAGAAAAGUGGUCCAUUCGACUUCUUGUUAUGCGUUGGUAAUUUCUUCGGUGAAGAUAAUUCCGAGUUAGAAUCUUAUAAGUCCUGCGAAAAGACCAUCCCUGUACCAACAUAUAUUAUUGGACCUAACAGAGAGUCUGAUCUGAAACACUAUACCGAUGGUGAUGGAUAUGAGAUAUGUCAAAAUCUCACCUAUCUCGGAAAACGUGGUCUUUAUGCUGCUAGUUCGGGUCUCAAAAUAGCAUAUCUCAGUGGAAUUGAAAAAACAUCAACCGAGAGCAAAGAUAUAUACUUUAAUGAACAUGACGUUACAUCCAUUACGAACAGUUGUUUAAAAGGCCAACCAAGUUUUCGCGGUGUGGAUAUCUUAUUGACAUCUCCUUGGCCUGAAGGCAUAACUAAUCUUGAUGGUAACAAGCCGGAAUGCAAAUAUCAAGGUUCCAAAUUAAUUGCUUGGCUUGCAACUCAUAUUAAACCUAGAUAUCAUGUAGCGGCUUUGGAAGGGAUUUAUUAUGAACGACCACCAUACAGGAAUCAAAGUCAGAGUGAUGAAAAUAUGGAAAUAGCCACUAGGUUCAUAGCUCUGGCAUCAAUAAUGAAUCCUCAAAAAAGAAAAUGGUUGUAUGCUUUGAAUUUAACUCCUGUUGAUAGAAGUAGAUUGUCAGAUUUAAUUAUGAAAACUACAGACGAAACAUUAAGUCCAUAUCCAAAAUCCAUGCUAUCUGAUGAUCCAACGUCACAAAAGCAAAUUCACACACAAUUCUUCUAUGACAUGGAUUCAAAAGACAAUGGGAAGAGAUUGCGGCAUCAAAAUAAUAAUCACAAUAAAAAACUAAAAUUGGAGUUUGAUCAAUCAAAAUGUUGGUUCUGUUUAUCUAGUCCAGUUGUGUCCAAGCAUCUGGUAAUUUCUGUUGGUACAGAGAUCUAUUUAGCAUUAGCAAAAGGUGGUUUGGUAGAAGAUCAUUUCUUAAUUCUACCAAUAACACAUCAUCAGAGUCUGUCAAUUCUGCCAAAGAAUGUGAAAGACGAGAUGGAUCUUUACAAGAAAGCUGUGACUAAAUAUUAUGAAAGUACCAACAGAGUACCAGUAUUUUUCGAGAGAAAUUUUAAAACAUCUCAUUGUCAAUUGCAAGCAGUACCAGUUCAUAAGAAUCAAGCACCUGCAUUAAAGGAAAUGUUUGAGGAAUUGGCUGAAUGUAAUAAUUUUAAAAUAACAGAAUUGCCCCAGUAUACUGAUUUACAACAGAUCGCAAAACCUGGAGUUUUAUAUUUUUAUGUAGAACUACCAAACGGAGAAAUGUUAUUUUAUAGGAUUAAAAAAGAUUUCCCUUUACAAUUCGGCCGAGAAGUAUUAGCGUCUGAUAGAAUAUUAGAUAUUAAUGACAGAUCUGAUUGGAAAGAUUGUCAUAUGAGCCAAGAGGAAGAAACUGAAUUAGCAAAAAAAAUUAGGAAACAAUUUGCGACAUUUGACAUAGAUACUUGAAAAUUUAUACUACUUUUUAGAAUAAUGUAAAAUUUAUAAUUUAUAUCAGCAAAAAAUUGUAUAUACU